UCCUAAAUGAAAAUGGAAAAGAUAGAUUAACAACACAACAGUAGUGGGGUCGGUGUAGUGUAGAGAAUAUAAUAUAAUAUACGAUAAACAAAGGAACUGCCAAAUGAACAAAUCCCCAAUUUAUAGGGGGCGCCAUUUAUGCGUUACAUACCCGUACAUACAUACGCCGAUCUUUCGAAUUUUCUUCCCCCGACGGACGGACGGACGGACGGACAGGCGGGUGAUGCUUCGGUUUCGGCUUCGUCUCCUCAUCGCUAUCGUGCUACUGGCACAAGAUUGGAUCUGGCAAGUGCUCUCUCACCAGGAGGCGGAGGACUGGCACUGCGAUUCCAGCUCCGGGAUCCUAGUUCAGGCUGAAUUCAGACCUGGCAUCAUUACCGUCGAUGGGAAAGUAGAUGAUUGGAAGGACGUCAAAGAAUCGGAAUUUUCCCUUUUGCUCGCCGUAGACCCGGAUCCUGAUAAAGAAUACAAUGCUGGGAAAAUGACUCUUAAGGUUUUGCACGACGGAAACGAUGCGUACUUCAUGUUACAGGUUAAUGGAAACUAUGCAUAUACUCAGGGAGAUAACACAAAAUGCCCGUCCGUUGCUUUGAUGUUUCAAAUUGGUGAAAAUGCAACCUAUCAUAGAAUGGGUGGUUGUGAAGAACAGCCAGGCUCAUGCACAAACAAGACUUGCCAAGGGCAUGAAGUGGACAUUAUGCACUUUUCUAUAGGAAAUGCUAUCCCUGGACGACUUUAUGGUAAAAAUCCUGUAGACAGCCGAGAAGGAUAUGGAGGUGAUAGGUUUGGUCAUUUGAUAGAUGCCUAUUCUUGGAACCCACACUGUAGAUUCCUUGAUGGCCUCAGCCCAUCAGGGAAUGACACCAGUGCACAAAAUGAUUGGCGAGGAUCAUGGUGGCAUAGUAGCUUGGUCGACCGCUCAGGCUUCAUAAAGGAGGACAGUCCAUAUGCAUCAGAAGGUCAAAAGGGAACAUACAACUUUGAAUUUUCAAGGCCACUAAGAACAAUGGAUCGUCUCCAGCAGGAUGCUCAGUUCACAAUUGGAAAAACCAGCAAGGUAUCAGCAGCAUUCUGGUAUCCUAUGGAAGGAAAACCAUGGCAUGGAUCUGGGCACUAUUCAAUCAGCUGUGAUUGGAUUGUUGUUGAUUUCAUGAAGCCGUUGACAUCAUCAGCCAACAACAACAACAAGAAAGAGGUGGAGAAAAGCCCUUGGGAUGCCGCGACAGCAUUUUCGCUGGUGUUUUCAGUGGUGGCCUUUUGCAUGUCCAUUCUGAUCGGCCACCGGCUUUCCAGAAUGAACAGGAUAGCGAACUUCAGACCCAUAGACAACGUCAACGAUACUCUUUAGGAAUAGGCUAAAGUAGAGUAGAGUAGAAUAGACUGAUAUAUAUAUAUAUAUAUAUGAGAUUCAUGUCAUACCACUCCAUUAUUCAUUCCUACUCCUACUCCUACUCUCUUAUUUAGCAGUGGCAGUUACAGCACAUUUCUGCUGCUUCUUUCUUCCUUCCUUGGCUUGAAUUGAGUUUAGUUUUGUUUUCUUGAGUUGAGUUGAAUUGGUUGUUUUAUUCCCUAUAUGUAUUGUCAUUCUUUCAUAUUGAUUUUGGUAAGUUCUAUUUA